AUGGCUCAGCUCCCGGUGCGGUUUCCAUGCUGGUGCCGAGCAGUCUAUUCCUGGGGCGGAGAGACUACACGAGAUCUGGGAUUCGUGGAGGGUGACUUGAUCGAAUGCUUGAAUGCAGGCGACGGACAAUGGUGGAUGGGUCGGUUGCGCCGUGACAGGCGCGCGGUUGGACUGUUCCCGUCAAAUUUUGUUGAGCUUCUGAGUGAAGACUUUGUGCCUGUGAGCCGGGAUACUACUAGUCCAAUGGUACUAGCGGGAUCUUCUCCGAUAAACAAUCCCACAUCAGCCCCCAAGAAACAGAAGACCGUUUGGCGGAAACCCUUCCAGGCGCAUAAGGAAGCCGUAUCACCAGCUUCCGUCGCUCGGCGCGCAACCCAAUCUAGUCCAGCCGCACCCGCGAUUCCCCAACCACCACCUCGGGAUGGAGGUGUUCGACGAAGUACGAAGCCAUUGCGCACGCAUGCGACAGCAGUCAAGAACCAAGGCUCAGUAUCUCGACCCCAAUCAACCUCGUCGCGGCCUUCGUCGCGCGGUGGUGUCUCUCCUCGUUCGUCCGCGGAGCCUGACCGGUCGCCAUCGAUGGUGCCGAGGGGGAGCUUCUCAUCCUCUCGGCCUUCAUCCCGCGAGCAAUCUCCAUUACAAACGCAGGAACGUUCAUAUGCUAUGACGUCGAAGGGCAGCGUAUCAUCUACUCGACCUCUGUCUCGCAAUCCGUCCCCCUUGCCAAUACGCGAGAAUUCGUCUGGCGUGGUUCCACAAAGCAGUGUCUCAUCUUAUCGGGCUUCAUCUCGUGAGCCAUCUCCGUUGCAAAUGCAGGAUUAUCCGGCCCCGACUAGGCCAUAUGACAGUAUUCCAUCUUAUCGCGGCCCAUCGCGUGAGCCAUCUCCAUUAGAAAUGCAAGAAUAUCCGCCCUCUACCAUUCCCCAUGGGGUGACCUCAUCCUAUCAGGCAUCAUCGCGUGAGCCAUCUCCAAUGUAUAUGGAGGAUCAUCCACCCCCGACGAUGCCACAUGGAAGUAUGUCCUCUUACCGGGCUCCCUCACCAUUACCAAUGCAAGAUCAUCCAUCUGCAAUGGUACCACACGGGCGUAUCCCAUCUUAUCGGGCACCAUCUCCGCUGCCAAUGCAGGAGCAUUCUACAAUGAUUUCACAUGGCAGUAUGUACCGGGCUCCUUCACGUGGGCCAUCUCCAUUGUACAUGCAGGAUCAUUCACCUGCGCCCAUGCCACAUGGAAGUAUGUCCUCAUACCGGGCUCCAUCGCCAUUGCCAAUGCGGGAACAUUCAUCUGCGCUGGUCUCUCAUGGGAGUAUGUCAUCGUAUCGGGUCCCAUCUCGGGAGCCGUCUCCAGUGCAGAUGAACGAAGAGAGGGGAGACUCACCUCCUCCCCCUCCUCCGCCGCCACACCGAGUCGUCAUCGGUCGUACGGAAACCCGCUCUCCUCAGCCGCAAAUGCAUUCUCAACCACGAAGCCAUUCGCCGCUACCACCUAUGCACUCAUCCCAGCAUCACGCACACUCUCCUCAGCCGCCAAUGCAUUCUCAACCACGAAGCCAUUCGCCGCUACCACCAAUGCACUCAUCCCAGCAUCGUGCACACUCUCCUAACCCACCAUCACACUAUCCGCCUCCGUCACGAUCCCCCACGCCAUUAGUUAUGAAUGACCGUUACGCGAUAUUCGACCGAACCCCAUCUCCGUCUGCGGCCUCAACGCACUCCGCUAUUUCUGCGACCUCGGCACAGUCAGACAUUCAUGGAAAUACACCAUCCCCACUCCGAGAUGCCAUGGAGGAUGUUAUGACUUCAUUGGAAGACAUGGGUCGCCAAGACCAGUCGCCUUCCCCGUCCCCAGUAUUCAACAAUCCCUGGGCCCCUGAAGAAUUUGACACCUCGCAAGAAAGGACCCCACAAGGUAACAGACGCCGGGCUUUGACCUCAACAGGCUUUCAUGGAGACAAAGAGCAACCACACGGACUUGUCCACCGGAACAGCGUUUAUAGCCAUGAACAGAUGGAUGGUCCACCUCAACUGAACAAUUAUGUCCAAAGAAUGGAGAGCCGCCUACGUCAGUUGGAAAAUCAGAAUAGACCGUCCGAGGAUCGAAGAGCCGGUCAGGACGACGACAACGCGCCUCCUCCCCCUCCAAAACAUGCCACCUACCACCCGCGAAAUAAUUCUAUACCUGGACAAUAUGCUCCCCUCAAGGCACGGCGUUCGGGUCAUGAUCUCCGGGGCGAUAUUCUUAAUCGGUCAUUUACCAAUAAAUCUAGUGCUACCAAUUCGUCCAGUGGGGUGCAAAGCAAUGGCACAUCCAUGACAACAAGCACAGACAAAACCAGUCAAAGCGUUAUGAGUGGUAUCUCUGCGGGUGGAUUUAGUGCUACGAGUGCAGGGAGCUUUGCCAGGAGAGGUGGGCAUGAGAGGCCGAAUACUGCUAUGGACACUAUCCGCUCUCGAGGGUUCAGUGACGUACGCCCGGAGACGCCUUUCACCGGUGUUUCAUACCACUCCAGUCAUAACUCGUCUCGUCAGGGUGCAUCAUCGGCUAUUCCGUGGUCGUCCACUGGUCUCGAUGCGACGGAUCAUAGCGGGGUUUUUGGUGGUCUCACUACGCCAAAGAGCAAAAAGCAAGGGUUUUUCAAAAAGAUAUUUGAAACAGCCAAGACUGGCGCGGCCAGCGCAAGGAGUAGUAUUUCGGUUGGUCACGGUGAGAGAGCAAAUUCUCCAAUCAAGAACAACAGAGGAAUAGACGUCGUGUCACCGGCUCUUACGUCUCACUCAAAUCGCGAUAGUGGUCGUGACUUGGGACUCGGAGGGGGCACCAUUGACUGGGUUCAGGUGCGCCGAGAUGUUAACCGAGCGUCCUCUCCUAGUCGAAAUGAGAGGAUCGAUAGGGCAGAACGAUGCCAGAUGAUGGACCACCCUGUUAUCUACUCCGUGGAAGAGCUAUACGAUACCGCGGAGGGCGAUGAAAGCAUCGAUGGGCAACCGAUCACCGAGCCAACGAAUUUCAACGCAGCCAAUCUUACCCUCGUUGAUAAGAGUGCACGCUUCAUUAGUAGUCUGCCUCCAAUGACGAAUCCCAUGAGCCUCGCGCAAGCCUAUAUUUGUCGACCUUACAAGAGUGACGUCCAGCGCCUUCGGGCCAUCUUUACCUGGGUCAGCGAGAAAAUAUCGUGGGAAGAACCUGUCGACGGCCUCGAAGUUGACAUGAAGAGACUUCUGCAGGCAAAACGAGGUACCCCAGAGGAAAUUGCAAUAUUGGUGCACGAGAUGUGCGCAGCCGUUGGCCUGCAUACAGAAAUAAUCCGAGGAUUCCUCAAGAACCCCGGUGACGUCCUUAAUCUGGAAAGCCUCUCUCAUCCCAAUCACUGGUGGAACUCUGUUCUGGUCGAUGGCGAAUGGCGCUUCAUGGAUUGCGCACUUGCAAACCCCACAAAUCCUCAACGCAGUAAAUUCGUUUCAAACAACUCCUCUGUAGCGGAGAGCUGGUAUUUCCUUACCCGCCCGCUUGAUCUCUGCUACACCCAUGUUCCGCUCUAUCCGGAAGAACAGCACAUCUGCCCGCCAAUUUCACCAGAUGUUCUGCUCGCUUUGCCUACCGUGUGCCCACCAUUCUUCAAGCUUAACGUCCAGCUACCGGAUUACGACACAAGUCUUAUUCGCAUCGACGGAUUGGAGGUCAUGCAACUACGCAUGGUAGUUCCUGCAGAUGUCGAAUGUGCCGCGGAAGUUGAAGCUCCAGGAUUCGCCCGCGACGCGGAUGGCGACAUCUUCGAAAGUGGAGAUGUCGUGCGCAAGCGCGCCCUGGUCCAGCCGGAUUGGAUCAGAGGCCAAAAGCGCAUCACAAUCAAGGCUGUACUACCAGGCGACGAAGGUCAGGCUGUGUUGAGGGUCUAUGCAGGCAAGAAAGGCCUGAUGCACUCAAGCCGAGACAUCCCCCAUCCCUUAGCCUUAGCCCUCCCAAUUCUCCACACCGGAGAGAAUCCAUCUUACGACUUUGUGCUGCGCCAUCCUACACCCCACGCCCAGCGACACGACUUGUACAUCAUGCAGCCACAAUGCUCUCGCCUCGCAGUUAACAAUACCUUCGUGUUCGCUGUCCGACAGCACCCUGCUGCUCCCGCAUCCGCCAAGGACGAGACCUCCAAUGGCCGAGGCUCGCCCUCGUCCGUCUUCACUCGUCCGUCUAGUGCGUUGAGCAUGGUCUCCAGCACAGCUGGCGGCUCGACUGUAUCGGGUGCCUCGAACGAGUUCUCAGCAUCGACCUCGGCCAUUUCGUCGACAAGAUCCGCUUCUGGGCGGGACAAGGCUGCGAAAUUAGCCAUCCAGUCCCCGUCCGGCAAGAUCCUUCGACUCACCCGUAAAGCUGAGCACAUUAUUAGCAAUGAUACUGGCACCGAAUCCGUCACCGAUGCCAUCGCCGAGGGCAGUGUCUGGGAGACUGUUAUUAAGAUCGGCGAGCGUGGUAUGUGGCGCGGUCUUGUGCUAGCCGACCGAGCUGCCCGCUGGUGUGUAUUUUGCGAGUGGGAAUGUGUUUGA